CGAGAGACGGAGAAGGUCACAGAUAUGGCGGCCGUUAGGAUGGGAAAGCUGACAACCAUACCUGGAGGUCUGAUAUGUGCAUCUGUAACUGUCCAUGCAGCUAAAGAAGAAGAAUACAAAAAGCAGCUAGUAAGACCAGAGCAGCUCCCCAUAUAUACUGCACCACCUCUGCAGUCUAAAUAUGUUGAAGAACAGCCUGGUCGUUUACAAAUGGGCUUUGCAUCCAUCCGCGCUACAACUGGUCAUUAUAUUGGCUGGUGCAAGGGUGUUUAUGUGUUUGUGAAAAAUGGAAUAAUGGAUACAGUACAAUUUGGAAAAGAUGCGUAUAUUUAUCUGAAGAAUCCACCUCGAGAUUUUCUUCCAAAACUUGGAGUGAUUACAGUUGCAGGAUUGGCAGGCUUGGUUUCAGCAAGAAAAGGUUCUAGGUUUAAGAAAAUUGCUUAUCCACUGGGACUGGCCACUUUAGGAGCAACUGUUUGCUACCCAGUUCAGUCAGUAAUAAUUGCAAAGGUAACUGGGAAAAAGGCAUAUACUACAAGCCAGCAAAUUUAUGAAGCAGUUAAAUCAUUGUGGACAAAAAUCAACAAAAAAGAGUCAUUUCCUAAACCUAAAGAAAAAUCUAAGCUAGGAAAUUCUGCUGAAAUAGAAAUACCUGCAAAAGCAACUGACAGCCUGAAAUACUCAGUGCCCUUGACAACAGAACUCAGCUCUGAAACAAAGACAAAAUCAGAAUCCACCCCAGGUGCUACACAGUUUAUGCUUGACCCCAAGCUCAUGGAUCAUGGGCAGUCCCAUCCAGAAGAUGUAGAUAUGUACAGCACUAGAAGCUGAAAUAGUCUGCGUAGAGAACUACAAGAUGUGUGAAGUUGAAAACGAUGAUGAAAAAAUCAUGUAAAGGGUAACUGUGACACGGAGAGUAUAACCUUUUUUUUUUUUUUUAGGGUGUAACUUUUAAACGA